CGCCGCCUCGCUGCCCGCCGGCGCCGCGUGCGCGGUGGACGUGCGGGCGCCCGGGGCCGCGGAGGCCCUGCGGGAGGCCGCCGGGGAGAGGCUGGCUGCUUCGCUCUGCGAGUUGGGGCCGCCCGCGUUUUCCGCCAAGGCCGGCGCCGCCAUCCUGGUGCUGCCGGACGGCUCCGUGCUGCAGCAUGCGGAGAGGGACCGCUGGAUGCUGCAGUACGAGCUGGACUACUGGGGCUCGGUGGCCUUCUCCGCAGCCACCAAGGAGCGGGUCCGGCGCAACGUGCUCGGCCCGCUCGGCGACCUGCGCGCGGGCGCCGGCGGGGGCGCCGCGGGGUCCUGGUGGACCUCGCAGCCCGCGGUGGGGGCGUGGAGUGCCGCCAUCGCGAAGGAGAGUCCUUCGCGGUCUUCGACGACUUCCUGCCCCCCGCGGCUGCGGCGGCGCUCGCGGCCGCCAUGGAGCGCAUGAGGAGCAGCAUGGUCCGCGGCAGGACGGACUCGGAGCUGUCGGCGAGCGGGAGAGGCGACGAGAUCUCCUGGGCGAACCCCGCGGACGUGCCGGAGAUGGGGCCGCUGGUGGAGUGCCUGAACGGCGUGGUCAGCACGCUGAUGGAGCUCCCGGAUCCGGGAGUGCAGGCGCGCCUGGCGCGGGUCAGCGCGCUCUCGGACGCGCAGUUCGCGGUGUUCCCAGGGGACUCCGCGGAGAACGCGCGGUACAUCCGGCACGUGGACAACGAGGACGGCCGGAACGGCCGCUUGCUGACCUGCACGUACUACCUGAACGAAGGCUGGGACGCGUCCGUGCACGGAGGGGAGAUCCGCCUGUUCGAGCCCGACCAGAGGUCGAUCAAGGCCGACAUCGCGCCCGUGUGGAAUCGCCUGGUCUGCUUCUUCAGCGACUCGUCGGUGCGGCUGGAAGGGCAGUAGUCCAGAGCGGGUCCUACUGCUUCUCCUCUUCCUUGGCAUCGCUCGGACGUGUGCGGAAUGGACGUCCGAGCGAUGGCCAGCUUCCUCUCUCUCGCAGCGCCAUCGGGCGUCCCCAUCCGCGCUCGCGCGCUCGCGGCCUCUCACGGGGCG